AUGCAGACUGCCAACCAAGAUGUCGCCGAUGAUGACGUGGCCCAAACCCCGGUGGGUCUUGAUGCGCAGACGAUAAACAAGCUCGCCGCGCUGAAACAGUCGGUGCUGGAUAUAAACUCCAAGAUCCAUCAUGUCACCACAUCCGCCCCACAGAUCGAGCGAGUCCUAGCAGAAUCUCUCCGGACACCGUUCACCGAAAAGAUAACGAAGGUCCGCCUCCGAAAGAUGGAAAAGCUCCGUCUUCCAACCUUUGACGGUGUAUCCUACCCUUCUGCUCACGUCAUAUCCUUCAAUAUCGCGAUGCGACGCACGAACCUCUCUGAUGAGGAAAAAGACGCCGGCUUUUGUCAACUUUUCGUCGAAACCCUAGAAGGUAUCGCUCUUAACUGGUUCACCGGUCUUCAGGAGAACUCCGUUGAUAGUUUUCACGGCCUCUCGACGGCUUUCCUCAAAAAUUACAUCAUGUUUACUAGACAAGAAGCCACCACCACGGAUCUUUGGAACCUCAACCACGCAAACGGGCAGAGCUUGGGAUAUUUUAUGGAGAAGUUCAAAUCCAUUGUCUCGAAAGUCGACGUACCAGAUCAUAUAGCCGUGGAGUCGUUGAUGAACACCCUCCACAUUAAGUCACCAUUUCGGGCUGACCUUUACCGACACCCGACGAGAUCAGUACCAGAUGCCAUCGCUCGAUCCAAUAACUUCAUUCGAAUGGAGGAGGAUACUAGGGCCAAGGCAGCCAAAGAAGCUGCAGGAAAACAAACUCCCGCCCGGACGAACGACGCUCAUCAAGAACCGCGCCAACAAGUGGCAAGCCUAACCAGAAGAAGGGCUACAUGA